GUUAAAAAAGAAAGAAAUAAGAACGCCAGGAAGUGCGCCAUUUUUUUUUUACGUAUUGGAAAUUUGGUAAAAUUAUUUCAGUUUGUUUAGUCACAUCAAACAAUGGGAAGGAAAAAGAAGAAACAGAGCAAGCCAUGGUGUUGGUAUUGUAAUCGUGAAUUUGAUGAUGAAAAGAUUCUCAUACAGCACCAAAAGGCGAAACAUUUUAAAUGUCAUAUAUGUCACAAGAAGCUCUACACAGGCCCUGGUCUUUCAAUCCACUGUAUGCAGGUACACAAAGAAAAGGUAGACAAGGUUCCAAAUUCUUUACCAGGUCGAUAUAACAUUGAAAUUGAAAUAUAUGGUAUGGAGGGCAUCCCCGAACAAGAUGCAAAGGAACAUGAGAAGAUGCGAGCGGGGAGGCCAGGAGGUGGUGGUGGCGAAGGCAAGGAUUCAGACGAUGACACGCCAUUGCCGAGUCAGCAGUUUAUUCCUGGCCCAAGCAUGCCAUUUGUUCCUCCAGUGAUGCCCCCGGUCCCACCAGGACCAAUGGGACCUAUGCGGCCUGUUGGGGGAAUGGGCCCUAUGGGCCAAAUGGGGCAAGUACCCCCUAUGCAAAACAUGGGACAGAUGGGAAUGCCGCCAGCCAUGCCACCUCAAAUGGGAGGUCCCAUGAGAGGCCCUGGACCAAUGGGAAUGCCUCCCCGGAUGCCAGUUGGCAACAUGGGGCCACAAAAACCGCUUUUUCCGGCAGCAAUUCAGUCUCAACCCAUGAGCACAGCGAGUUCCGGCCUCGACUUCAAGCCUGUGAUGUCUGUGAGCCAGGUGAAACCCACAUUCCCAGCGGCCGCAGCGGUGUCCACGGCAAACAACAACAUGUCGAACGCCACGAUCACUGGCGCGCCCAUGAUUAAAAAACCAGAGUCUAGCUCAGGUUUGACCUCUAGGUUAAUGCACCCUGAUGAGGACAUCUCCUUGGAAGAAAGGCGUGCACAGUUACCCAAAUACAAGAAAAAUUUCGGAAUGACUGCAGGUCAUGUUCCACAAAGGACGAUGCCAGGUCCAAUGACUCAAGGUCCGAUGAUGGGGAUGUCGAAUAUGGCCAUGGGCCCACGGACAGGACCGGGUGGCUAUCACAUGGGAUUUCAGCCGGGCAUGCGGCCACAACACAUGUCCCAGGGAGGUCGUUUCUGAGUGGGCGGGAAGUCAUCACUGUUUAAAUUAGCCAUUUUUAACUGUUCAUUGUACAUUUUCAUCUCCUAGCCUUUGCUGUGUUCAGUUCACUUGUUUCCGUUUUUCGGCAAAGGUAAGCUAGGUAACUGGCACGUAAUUUUUAAAAAGGAAAAAAAACCUCGCGGUAAGUGAUGUUAAAUGUUCGACCCAACUACUGUCGUUAUAGUGCAGUCCCACCCAUCCAAGAAGACAUUUAACAAGGUUUGUCAUUUUACUGAUGUGUUUAAACAAAAAAUAAGAAUAAAAUGUGUCAAGUGUG